AUGCUAGACUUGAACAAGGAGGAAGCAGCCACUCCAGAGAAAACAAUCGCUCAGAACGACCAAGAACAAACGGAUGUUCCUGAAAUAGAAUACCCCACCCCAUUCAAGCUUGCACUGAUUGUUCUUAUAAUAUGUGUUGCAGGAUUCUUGUGUGGUCUGGAUCAAACUAUUUUAGCUGCAGCAGUACCCAAGAUAACAAAUGAUUUCCAGGCUCUCGGCGACAUAGCAUGCUUGACCUCUGCCACUCUUCAACUCGUCUACGGUCGUCUCUAUAGUCUUUUCUCGAUUAAGCUCGUCUACAUCGGUGCUCUUUUCGUUUUUGGAGUAGGAUCUCUCCUCUGCACUCUUGCUCAAAACUCUAUCACGCUGGUUGUGAGCCGGGCUAUCUCAGGAUGUGGUGCUGCUGGUAUAUUUUCGGGGAAUGUUCUUGUACUGGCGGCGUCUUGCCCGCUUGAGAAACGUCCUGGGCUAAGUGGGCUCAUUUUCAGCUCCGUGGGUCUCGCAUCCGUUGCUGGACCUUUCAUCGGCGGUGCAUUAACCGACGGAGUAACAUGGAGAUGGUGUUUUGGUGUCAAUCUUCCGCUGGUGGCUCUUAUAAUUACAGGAGUCUGUUUCUUCGUACGGAUUUCUGUGAAUGAGGGUACCAAGCAGUUGAAUUGGGGAGAGAAAGCCAAGCGGUUUGAUAUACCUGGAACUUUAAUUCUGAGUGCUUCUCUUGUUUCCUUCAUUCUAGCACUUCAACUUGGUGGCAGCAAAUAUCCUUGGGGCAGUGCGAGGGUCAUAAUUCUGUUCGUUAUCUCUGGGCUUGUUUUUUGUGGAUUUGUUGCACUGCAGGUCUUUGUACCCACUCAACGCUCUUUUCCCGUGUCCAUCAUACGCAAUAGGAACGUUCUACUAGCUACAUUCGUCAAUGGUUUUAUUUCCUCCGGCUUGUUUGUUCAAAUCACCUAUCUACCCGUCUGGUUUCAGGCCGUCAAGAACGCAUCAGCACUGCGCUCCGGAGUGAUGAUCUGCCCAAUGAUUAUCGCUUUCGUGGUUAUGUGCGCGGUCUCUGGUGGAGUAACCCAACGAAUAGGGUAUUACAACCCAGCUAUGAUUUUUGGGGCUGUUUUUUCGGCUAUAGGCGGAGGGCUACUGUCGACUUUCAAUGUCAACACAGCGAGUUCAAAGUGGGUUGGAUAUCAAAUUCUGUACGGUCUUGGUGCGGGGGCAGGAGUUCCGCCAUGUGUGCUUGUUAUUCAAACGGUCCUUUCCACGGAGGACAUUCCACUAGGGGUUUCACUUACCAAUUUGUUUCAAAUGCUGUGGUCAUCUAUUGCAGUUGCUACCGCUCAAACAAUAUUUGGGAAUGAAUUGGCGAAGGGAAUUGCUGCUGUGAUUCCUGGUUUCGAUGUGCGCGGUCUAUCAUACACCGGCGCUUCACAUCUGGCGAUUAUUUAUUCUCCUUCACAGCUGGAGAAUGUCGUGCCGAUAUACAGUACUGCUAUAGGAAAAACUUUCCUGAUUACGGCAUCUCUUGGAUGCGUUGGAUUGUUUUGCGCCCUGGGUUUGCAAUGGAAGAGCAUGAAAAAGACCGUGGCUGAAGGCGAAGUGUCGGCCAAUUGA